AAACAAACAAAUGAGAGGCUUAAGCUGUUAGUAACGUUGCCAAAGCGCCUCCCACACGACAGAAUAGGAGCAGACUGCUCUCUAACGCGCACUGUGAGCGUGUAUAUGAAUGAAUGCUGAGUGUAUCUCCGUCCCUCCUACAGCGGCCACGUCAGGCGCCCGAGCUCCGGGAUAAAGUCAGAAAGCAGGAACGCGUAGCGCGAAAACAUUUCUCACCAAGUUCCCAGCUCCUCCUCCUCCUCCUCUUCCUCCUCCUCCCCUCCACCUUCAGCCCGCGAUGAGCCGCUGCUGCUGCUUAAUGCUGCUUAAUUAGUAAUUUCUCGACUCCUGCGUCCUCGAAGCCCCGUCAUGCGUGCGGCGAUGUCUCCUCCGUCCAAGCGCGCGUGACCCGUUUGCGAUUUUCUACGGAUCUGUUGUCGUUAUAACUGCUCGUAUUAUUAUUAUUUCCUUUUUGCGGGGCAUGGGAGAUCAGCGGGAGCACACUAUGGUUCAGAAGUCGACGUCGUUCAGCAUCAAGAGCCUCCUGCUACCGUCCAAGCUGGAGGAGGAGGGCGCCGGGCUCCCGGAGCGACCCGCGGGGAUGGAGGGGGAGUCUCCGGAGCGCGAGCGACCCAGGGACGACGAGGAAGAGCACGAGCACGAGCACGCGGGAGCGGACGGCGAGCAGCAGGAGCAUCAUCAGCAUCAACAACAACAACAGCAACAACAACAACAUCAGCAGCAGGGCAAAGGAGGCAAACACGACAAGCCUCCGUUCAGCUACAACGCGCUCAUCAUGAUGGCCAUCAGGCAGAGUCCCGAGAAGCGGCUCACGCUCAACGGCAUCUACGAGUUCAUCAUGAAGAACUUCCCCUACUACCGGGAGCACAAACAGGGCUGGCAGAACUCCAUCCGCCACAACCUGAGCCUCAACAAAUGCUUCGUGAAGGUGCCGCGCCACUACGACGACCCGGGCAAGGGCAACUACUGGAUGCUGGACCCGUCCAGCGACGACGUCUUCAUCGGAGGCACCACGGGCAAGCUGCGCCGGCGCUCGGCCACUUCGCGAGGGAAGCUGGUGAUGAAGAGGGGGCUCCGCUUCGCGCCCCUGGGACUGGGGCUGGGCGAGCGCGCGAGCAAUCCCCUCUACUGGCAGCUGUCGCCCUUCUUGCCCCUCCACCACCACCACCAUCACCCGCACUACAACGGCUCGGCGCACGGCUUUCUCAACCAGGGACACGCGGCGGCGUACAGCUCGCUACUGCCCGGCGCUGAGGGCAUCUCCAACGGGGACGUGGCUGGGCGCCCCGUGCUGGGCGCUUCCGUCGGUGGCUACAGCGUCAGCUCGCCCCCGGCUGGACUACUAGCAGGGCACGAUGGCUACUUCGUGGCCGGGGCGCAGCAGCCCCAGGCCCUGCAGAGCGCGCCAGGAUACGGCAUCUCCAGCAGCUCCCCGGAGUCCUUAAGAACUAGCUUGCCGUCUUUCUCCUCCACGCUUUCCAGCGGCUUUUCUGGAGUGCUCGCGCACCACAAACGGGUGGCACCGAGCUCGUUCCUCAGCUGAGCGCUGCGAGGAGCCUGUCGGGGCUAAAAGAUCCGAAUAAAACUUUCCCAGGACCCUUCACGUGUCCCCAACAACACGAAACACACAAGUUCUCCCUUUUUUGCGUUCCGCAAGGAUCUACUCUGGGUCCAAUUAGAGUGUUCGUUUUUUUUCUUCUUUUUUUAUAUCUAUUUAAAAUAUAGAAAUAAUUUUGUACCAGUAGUAUGAUGUCACGCCAAAGGCAAUACAUAUAUAUGUGUUUUGUAUGAUUAUUAUUAUUAUUAUCGUUAUUAUUAUUAUUAUUUAAAAAAAAUCUUUGUGAAUGACAAUCCACGUUUUUGUAUUUAUUGAACAUGUUGAGAACGUGUCUCUCUCUCUCUCCCUCUCUCUCCAUCCUAUGAAUCUUGGUCCUUUAUAUUAGUAACUAGCUGGCUCUUAUGGCUCUUACUCUCCUCCUCUGUGAUUACUGAACGUCCCGUACUGUGAAUGCGCCUUAACACGUUCAUUCAGGGUUGACAAACGGAGAAGGUUUUUAAGAUAAAAAAAAAAAAACCUCAGGUCUUUAUGCGUCCUGACAAUGAAUUUAGCAAUGUGUGUUCAAGCUAUCAGAUGAUAUGCAAUGUUUACCCACUGAUUUACCUCUUAUUUGGUAAGAGAGGGCAUUUUUGAGGGGUGUGGGCCUUUAGGAUUCGUGUGUGAGGAAUCUAAGGGUACAGUGUGUCUUUAAAGCUCUUUGAGAGCCGCACUUUGUGUCGCAGUGACAUUAGAGAUGCAUGUGCUGAUUUGACUGUUAAACCUAAUGACUUUAGGCUGUCAGUGUUACGCAGCACAGUGUCCAUAGCUCGGCCACUGAGAGGCCACAUGGCCGUGUUGUUUUUAUCACAGUAGCAAUAUUCCGGCUGUUGGGCAGUUUGAUGACUGUGGGUUUUUUUUUUUUGUUUUGUUUUUGUUUUUAACACCUUCAUUGACCUUCCCUGUCACUGCUGUGGCAUUUCUUGUGUCCUUUUUUCUGUCAUUUGCUCGCCUCGCCCACCAUCACCUCCAGCCUGCAUUUUCCCUUCGGAUUAUCUCGUGUUUGAUCCGGUGGAGAAACUCGGUUUGUAAACUGUAGCUUGAU